AUGUCGGACAUGAUUUGGGCCCUCUUUGGCGUUAAUCUACUGAAGAGUACAUUAGAGCUGAUCCGAAGGGACGCCAAAAUGUUCUGUAGACUUAUAUUCACGAAAUUAUUGGCCAACGAAAGGGUGCCCUUAAAUAAGCGAUUUCGUGUUGUGGGGCCCUUCUCCAGUUCCCAUGUAUUCCAGACGUACGCCGCGGGUAUAUUAGACAGCUCUGAGUGCAAUACUACCGGCCCUUUUGAUCACAGUUUACUUCUGGUGGGAGAGGGUGUCGACAAUGGCGCCGACUAUUGGUUGGCUAGAAAUAAUUACGGUGAGGGUUGGGGUAAAAAGGGUUACGUACGGCUGGCUAAAGGUAAAAAUGUGUGCGGGAUCGGUUUAGGAUUUGUACGUGCGUAUAAUUAA